AUGGGCUCUCCCGCAGCUCGCCCACGUCCUUUCGCGCCCCAUGAUCCCAAACCGCAGUCUCUAAAAUCCAUCCUGGGCCGGACAACGAGUAUACCAUUGUAUUGCCAUCCAAAGGCCUGGUCUGACUUCCAUCUGGACGUGCUUCGUGUGAAAUGCUUGGACAAGUCGUAUCCGUUGGAGCACGUUGUCGGAAGACCUCUUCGCUGCGAUCCGGCGGACAAGCAACUUCAAGCUGUUGUGGAUGAGAUUACUGAGCCAGUGAACGAAGAUGGAGCCUUCCAAGGCCUACUUCUCUGCGGACAAGAAUGGAUACGAGGUUUUGGCCCUCAUCGUACCGAAGAGGCCUAUCGCGGACUGUGCUAUUCGUGGCUUAGGAUUCUCAGGGACGACGUUCGAGAGUAUCCUAUGCUUGAUUCCGCUCCGGACACGGUUUAUCUAAAGUUCUUUUUUGGGGGAGAGACGGCCCUGAUAAAGGGACCCGCGGUAAUGUAUGAUUAUCCCGACCUCGACGACUACCCGGACGGCUUAUACCCCGUCGUUUCGUUUUUAUGCCUCAACCAUGAUGAGUAUCGCCCCCGAAACGCUCACCAUGCCAGAUGGGAUCGUGGGAACCCAAGGGUAAAGGUUUGGCGACGCCGGUCAAAGCCUGCAGAGCAUGUCAGUCUGUUGCUCGCAAUGGCCCAGAAGCAAGCUCAGCUGCUGGACAAGAAGCGGUUUGAUUGCGUUGAUAAUCCACUCUUGAAUGCCUUCCAUCCCGUCCUGGUCAUAGUGUCGGAGACCACAGUACGCAUCCUUCGAGCCCAUGUAACAUUGAAUUACCUGAAUGCUUUGGCAGAUCCAACAUUGCCGCUCCUCGACAACCUGAUCGUCGAACAAUCAGAGCCGUUUGAUAUGCUGGUUGAGGCGGACCGGGUACGGUACCUGAUCACCGCUAGCUGCUUACUUGACGAGUACUACUUGGAUAUCCGCCCGAUAUUCUCACAGCGCAAACCCAAGGAGCCCGAAGAAGAUGAAUAG